GCUAUAUAAAAAGAAUAUAGAAGAUAUUAAUAUAUCUUUUACUUUGAUAAGCAAAGGCAUGAAAUUUCGAAGUAUAAAUUUGCUUUAUCUACUUCGUAUUACGUACAAAAUUUAUUUGAUGUUGAUACUUAAAUAUUAUUAUCUGAAUAACUGAUAAUACUUAUCUAUGCAAAUGUUCACGCAAGAAACAGAUAAUACGUAUUAUUUCUUAAGUUUCAAUUUAGUAUCGUUGCACGCUGCAUAUAUUAAAUACAGUUUGCUUCUAUCAUUGGAUUUAUUUUGGCAAGCAUAUCAUGGAUAUUAAUAUAGUCGAUGUCGAAGUUAAGGAUAUUAGAUUUCCUACAUCCUUAAGGGCAGAUGGUAGCGAUGCAAUGCAUAAAGAUCCCGAUUAUUCAUGCGCGUAUGUGAUUUUAAUAACUAAUACGGAUAUUCGUGGAUAUGGAUUAACAUUUACUUUGGGUAGAGGAACUGAAAUAGUCGUCAAGGCGUGCGAAUCUCUGUCUACUUUGUUAAAAGGACAACAAGUUUUAAAUAUUUUUAAAGAUUUCGCAUCGUUCUGGCGUAAACUGACUAGUGAAUCACAACUAAGAUGGAUUGGUCCAGAGAAAGGUGUAAUUCAUCUUGCAACAGCUGCUAUAGUAAACGCUUUGUGGGAUAUGUGGGCUCGCAUUGAAAAAAAACCCGUUUGGAAACUUCUCGUAGAUCUAACGCCAGAACAAUUAGUUUCUACUAUCGAUUUUCGAUACAUUACCGACGUUAUUACAAAGGAAGAGGCAAUACAAAUGUUAAGAAAUAACGAAAUGGAUAAAAUGAAACGCGAAAAGUUUUUAAUCAAAAAUGGAUAUCCCGCUUACACAACACAAAUAGGAUGGUUGGGUUACAGCGAUGAAAAAGUUCAAGAACUUUGUAAAAAGUUUUUAGAUUUGGGAUUUACUUCUUUCAAAGCUAAAGUCGGUCAAAAUAUAAAAGAUGAUAUUAACCGAUGUCGCUUGAUACGCGAAAUAAUUGGAUAUGAAAAUAAAUUGAUGUUGGAUGCUAAUCAGAUUUGGGACGUCAAGGAAGCGAUAGAAUGGAUGAAACAAUUGAAGGAAUUUAAACCAGUUUGGAUUGAAGAGCCCACUUCACCAGAUGACAUUUUAGGUCAUGCCAAGAUUGCUAACGAAUUGAAAUCUGUUGGUAUAGCUGUUGCAACUGGUGAGAUGUGCGCGAAUCGUGUUAUGUUUAAACAACUGUUACAGUCAAGAGCUAUUCAAUUUUGUCAAAUAGAUUCUGCUAGAAUAGGUGGAAUCAAUGAGAUAUUAGCCGUCUAUCUUAUGGCUAAAAAAACUGGGAUACCUGUAUGUCCACAUGCUGGAGGUAUAGGCUUAUGCGAAAUGGUUCAGCAUCUUCAAAUGUGGGAUUUCAUAUCUCUUAGUGGAACGAUAGUAGAUCGUGUUAUAGAAUAUGUAGAUCAACAACACGAACAUUUUGAAGAUCCGGUAAAGCUUAAGAAUGCUUGUUACAUACCGCCUAAUACUCCAGGUUAUUCGACUAAGCUCAAAAAUGAAAGCAUUUUAAAUUAUAUUUAUCCCAAUGGAAGAGAAUGGCAACGUAUAUUUAAUCAAGGAAAUUAUACAAAACUUAUAGAUUAAAAUUACAAUCUAUAUAAAAUGCUAAUUGUUUUAAUAUAAAAUGAAUAAGUUUU